AUGCCUCCAAUGCAAGUUUCCAAAGAUGAGGUCUUUGUGGUCUCGUCUUUUAUCUGGGUCGAUGACGAUCAGCUAGAGGGCCUCCAGCCGGUUGAGGUCUAUACGACUCUGGCCGCUGCUAACGUUGCAGCCAGGGCUAUUUUGGUGCGCCACGCUGAGAGGUGUGACUCUAAAGGCGAUGCUGACCUGUACAAAUACUCCCACAAUGAAGAUGGCAAUGGGUUUUACUAUGGGUCUGUUGGAGGUGGGGCUGGUAUUCACAAGAUUGCGACGGUCAGGGUUUCUAAGUCUCUCAUCAGUAACGCGUCGAGCGCUGGACCGCCUGCUCGCGAGGCUGCCAAGGCCAUCAAGACAGAGGUUGAAGAGGAUGAUGAAGUGAAGAACGAGAAGAAGAAGGAGGAGGUGGAAGACGACAGUGAAGUCAAGAAAGAGGUGGACGACGAUGAAGAAAAGCCCAAGAGGCUGACUCGAAAAGCGCCACCCAAAACAGCUGUAAACAUACAGACGCAUCGUAAGAAGAUACCUGAGGGCAUGCCCGAUUGCUUGGCGGGGCUAAAGCUCCUGUUCACCGGCACAUUCGAGACCAUGGACAGGAAGACAUCGAUUGCCACCGCGAACAAAUAUGGAGCCGAAGUUAUAAGCAAGCUCGAAGACACGGAUUACAUCGUCAUAGGAACACGAGCCGGUCCCGCCAAACUCAAGAAGAUCAAUGAACUGGAGCUGGAGACUAUCAGCGAGGAGGAGUUCUUUCAGAUUCUUGAGAAUGGUCUGUCUGGAGAGAAGAGGACACGUAUGAUAAACCGUAGAUUGGCAGACGAAGAAGAGGGCCCAGAGGAGGAUGAUGAGGAGGAGGAGGAGGAGGAGGAGGAGGAAAAGAAGCCGAGAAAAAGAGCUGCACCUCAUGCGGGCCCAGCAAAGAAAAGAGCUCGGAGAUAG